AUGACUGUUCUAGAAUGGAUUAACGGAAUCAUCAGCGAAAAGAAGACAGCAAAGCUAGCUCUCAGCACUGAAUUUGUCGCAGCCCAUGCCAUUCUAUUGGAAAAGGCCGUGUAUUCCACUGAACACAGAGAAAGACUCGCGCAUUCAGCUUUAAAGACCACUAGAUAUGCAUUCUCCAAAUACUUAAUCAACACGAGUGAUACGACAAACGGGUACCUUCAGUCACUCUUCGACCAGAAGAAUCUUAGUAGUAUUAUUCUUCUAUCUGCUAUGGCUGGGGCUGCCUCGGAUUUGGUAAGCUCUUUGCCAUCUGCAAGCGAGCUUAUCAAGGACCACAAAGAAAAUAUCUAUAAUUUGUACGUGCAGGUGGUUCUUUCGUCAAAGGUCCCUUUAAACCGUGCUGUGGUAGACUCCUUCCAGCCUCUUUUUGUUGAUUAUACUCUUACGGAAGAUUUUGAUACAAUUAUUCUGCCUGCUGUUUCGAAAUCAUUAUUAAGAGCUCCUGAAAUUGUGCUACAAUUCAUUAUCCCUGGUUUACUCUCAGCAUUGUCGCCUCUAGUAGACAUAUCAUCUGCUGUAGAAAACUCGCUGGUUAAUUCUUUCACAUCAGCUUUUGCAUCUUCUAAUGUCAUUGUUCGUGACUCUGCUGCUGAGUGUUUGAGAAUCGCAAUUCAACAUUGUUAUGAUCAAGAAGCAAUCAAUAGAAUAAGUCUAACCUUAGCGAACAACCUGAAGAAAGCAACUUCUCCAGACCAUCGCAUCCUUUAUGGUUCAGUCCUCGCAGAUAAUAUUAAGAGCAAUAAUGGGGCUUCUCUUGCGGCUAUUAUUUUACCUGUAGCUACUAAGGAAUCUAAUGAACUAGCAUUAACCCAACUAACUCGUGCGUUGUUUUAUCAUUUCAUCCGUGGAGACAACUACGAUAAAUCAAUCAUUGAAGGCAUCAAAAAAGGCUUUACAGAAAAGCGACUGACUAUUCGUAGAGUUUGGAUAACUGAAUUUGUUAAGCGAGUCUCUAAUGAAGUAAAAUCAGAUUCAUUGGUAAAUUUUAUUUCAUCUUUUGAUAUUCAGCUAGAUGCCGCGUUCAAGGAAGUUGCUUCUAACCCCACUAAUGCCAUUCAGAACAAGGCUGUUGCUAUCGGUUUUGCUCUCCUAACUCUGAAGCCAAUUUCGUAUGCAGAUGAAGGUGCAAGUUUGCUGACAUCUCCCAGAGUCUAUCAAAAGUUGAUUUCUGAUCAGGAGUUUGAGUGGGCUAUCUUGGCUACCAAGUCUACGGACCAGUUUACCUUAGAAUUAGGCAGAGCUUGGAUUUUCUAUGUUCUUUCUCAUCAGGUACCUUCGUCCUGUCGCCGUAGCGCAUUGGAGGCUUUAAGGAAUGUGUACAUGGACAAUAGUCCCUCCGUUGGGCCCUUACUUAUUGAGGCUCUAUCUGAAAAGGAAACCUUGACAACGUAUACCAAUCUUCAGCAAAUAAUCAAUAUUUUCAGUACAGAUGUUGACCCUGUUCAAGCAAAGGAGUCGAACCUGGCAAAGCUCAUAUUUGUUUGUCACUAUCCUGGCGCUCUGGGCAAGGCCAGCUGGGCGACACUCUGUUUACGGGCCGGUGUUGAUCCUGGUGAGCUAGUUGCUCACUUGCAUGAUAGCAUGCUACGUGAUAUUUUCUCUGUUGUUGAUGACUCACUCUAUCCGACUGCAUUCGCAGCUCUAGCUACCCUCUGUUUUAUUAGAAGCGAUUUAAUUGUUCCAAGUGUUGUUCAGUUUAUUAAUUCUUCUCUUAAUUCGGCAUUGAUAUCGGAAUUCUCUGCGGACGACAUCACCAUAUGGAAUAGCCCGGAGGGUGAGCUUGUUGAUUUAGAUGCCAGAAACUCGUCCACUAAGAGGAAGGUUUAUGUUGAGAACAAAAACUCCAAAGAUUUUGAAACGAGGAAAUGGGAGGAGUCGGUAAGGAAUGAGAUCUCCAAGAAGAAAGCUAACGCCCCUGAUACUUUAAAGACAAAGAAACUUUCGAAAGAAGAGCAGACCAUUCUUGAUAAGCAGUCAGCUAUACGUGCUUCUGUAAAUCAGAUUGUUGCUAAGUAUAAAAGAGCCAUCUCUCUUGUUAAUACCCUUGCUUCUCAGACUCUUGUUGAGAACGGUAGAGAAUUAUGGUUCCCUGCCAGCGUACUGAAGCUGGUUGAGUUGCUCAACUGCCCAAAUCAGGUUUUGGGUCAGGAAAUCGGCGAGUCGUUCCUCAAUUUAUCACUCAACCUUUCUGACAGAAUUGACCCUGGAAUGAAAAAGAUCAUUGGUGUAGCAAUCCUAAGGUCCAUUGGAGUUUCUGAAACAUAUAUUGCUGAAGAGUAUUUAGCAGAGCCACUUAAAGAUCUCGUUACUAGAGUUCUCUAUAGAAUUAAAUUUCUUUGCGUCCAACGCCCAUUAGACGCUAUUACUUUGGUGUAUGUCAUUCCUCUUCUUUUAAGAACUUUGGAAAAUAAGGGGGGUAUUGGAACGAGCUCUGAUGAUGAGAUCGAGGAGCAAGUUAUUCUUGCCCUAGAUAUACUGUCAGCUCAUGCAGAGCAGCUGAACAACAUUCCUCGCGGAAAUUUACUCCAGAAUUUGAUAGACCUUAUGACAUCGAGAAUGAACAGUGCUAAACACAUCAAAGAUUGUUUGGUUGCCAUAAUUCAAAAUGUUUCUGGCACAAUAUCUGAAACUGAAAUCAAUGUGCUAUUGUCUAAUGUCCUAUCUGGUGAUGUUUUUGUUCGCACUACUCUCCUUGAAGUCAUCGACGGAGAAUUGGACAAUUGCCUCGUUGAUCGCGGAUUCUCGAGUGAGAUUUGGAUUGAAAGGUUUGACGACGAGCUUGUAAUUGCAAAUUUAGCGACUGAGAUCUGGCAAUACAACGAGUUCAAGACUGACGAACAAACGCCUCGAAAGCUCCUGGAGUUCCUUGGUUCUGAACAUGCGUCUUUGCGCCACGCUUGUGCAAGAUCAAUAGCGGCUUCAGUGGGUGCGAAUAAGACUCUUGCUUCAGCAACUUAUCAGUCUCUCAUAAAUCUCUUCAUUGAGAAAUCAAAACCCCCACCGCCUGUGUAUGACAAAUUUGGUAUCCUCGUGAAAUCUAGCAAUGAGGAUCCAUGGUACACACGAAGUGGUAUCGCUAAAGCCCUGCAAGAAUUUGCACCUCUUCUUCAAGAAACGUCUCUCGUCAUUGAGAUGUUUGAAUUCUUGAUUAACACCGGAUUAGGUGAUCAGAAUUCGACUGUUCAUAGCGAGUUACUGGAAGCUGGUCUCGCGGUUAUUAACACCCGUGGCUUGAACAAUGUUGAAUCUCUCAUUCCGAUUUUUGAGUCUUAUCUUGCCAAAUCAGAUAAGGAGAAGAACGAUCAAAUCAGUGAAUCAGUAAUCAUUUUGUAUGGUGCUUUAGCUAGACACUUACAGUCUGAUGAUGCAAGAUUGAUUAAGGUUGUUGACAGACUUCUGGCCACUUUAGAUACCCCUUCUGAAGACGUCCAGUAUGCUGUAUCACAGUGCUUGCCUCCUCUUGUCAAGCUUAUAACUCCUCAGCUGGGAAGCUAUUUUGAAAAGAUUCUGGAGAAGCUUUUCACUAGCGCCAAGUUUGCGGAAAGAAGAGGCGCUGCUUACGGACUCGCAGGUCUUGUAAAAGGCGUUGGUAUCUCUUCAUUGGCUGAUUAUGACAUUAUUCGAUCUUUAACUGAUGCUAUUGAAGAUAAAAAGGAUCCCAAAAAGCGCCAAGGCGGUCAGUUUGCUUUCGAGUGUCUUUCAAUGGCUCUUGGAAAGUAUUUUGAGCCAUAUGUCAUUGAGUUGGUUCCAAUUAUUUUAUCAUGUCUAGGAGACAGUAAUAUUGAGGUUCGUGAGGCCACCACCUAUGCUUCACGUUCUAUUAUGAAAAACACCACAGGGUAUGGUAUCAGUAAACUGAUACCUUUGGCACUUGAGAAUUUGGACCAAACUGCAUGGAGAGCGAAAAAGGGUGCUGUUGAGUUAUUAGGUAACAUGGCCUAUCUUGACCCCCAACAGCUGUCCUCUUCAUUGUCAACAAUUAUUCCCGAGAUUGUUGGUGUUUUGAAUGACACUCACAAGGAAGUAAGGAAUGCAGCAAACCAGAGUCUACAACGAUUUGGAGAGGUAAUUAGGAACCCUGAAAUUCAGACUCUGGUACCCAUUCUUAUCAAGGCUAUCAGCGACUCAACCAGAUACACUGAAGACGCCUUGGACAGCUUACUCAAAACCAAGUUCGUUCAUUACAUUGAUGCCCCCUCUUUGUCACUUAUUGUCCAUGUUCUACACAGAGGAUUGAAGGAUCGGUCAGCUGCUAUCAAACGUAAGGCAUGCCAGAUUGUGGGUAAUAUGUCCAUAUUGACAGACAGUAGAGAUCUUCAGCCAUAUCUUCCUUCAAUGGUUUCUGAGCUAGAAGUUGCUAUGGUUGACCCUGUUCCCGAAACUAGAGCCACUGCUAGUAAGGCCCUUGGUUCCUUAGUAGAAAAACUUGGCGAAGAACAGUUCCCUGACUUGAUUCCUCGCCUUAUGGAUACCUUGAAAGAUGAAAGUCGUAGUGGCGACCGUCUGGGUUCUGCUCAAGCACUUAGUGAGGUCAUUUACGGACUGGGUAUAGGCAAAUUGGAAGAACUGCUACCUGUUAUCUUGAAGAACUGUACCAGUUCUAAAUCAUGGAUCAGGCAGGGUUAUAUGCCAAUGUUGUUAUAUUUGCCGGCCUGUUUUGGAGCUAGUCUUAGCCCCUACCUCAAUCAAAUUAUCCCACCAAUCCUAUCGGGCUUGGCUGAUAACGUUGAGGAUGUACGCGACACUGCCUUAAAGGCUGGUCGUCGUCUUGUUCGCAACUAUGCCACCAAGGCUGUGGACUUACUACUACCCGAACUUGAAAGCGGUCUUUCAGAUAGAAAUCACCGCAUUAGGCUGUCGUCUGUCGAGCUAACGGGUGAUUUAUUGUUCCAAGUUACUGGUAUUAAUUCUAAGAAUAUUGAUGAAGAGCAAGUUGCCUCUAGUGAGAUUAACAAGACACUGAUUGAUGUUUUGGGCUCUCAACGCAGAGAUCGCAUACUGUCAUCACUUUUCAUUUGUCGUUCUGAUACAUCGGCCAUGGUCCGUAAUUCUGCUCUUGAAGUUUGGAAGUGCUUGGUUGCCAAUACUCCUAGAACUGUAAAGGAGAUCUUGCCUUCUCUAACUCAGAUGAUUAUCAAGAGAUUAGCUAGCUCUGACGAUGAGCAACGUACGAUAGCUGCCCAGACUUUAGGCGACCUCGUGAGAAGAGUCGGUGGCAAUGCACUUGGUAGCUUAUUACCCACGCUGGAAGAAGAAAUGUUAUCAAGUGACGGCGAUGCUAAGCAGGGUAUUUGUCUUGCACUAAUUGAGUUGGUCAAAUCAACUUCUCCCGAGGCUUUGAUUGAAUAUCAACAGACUAUAGUCGGCAUCGUGCGAAAUGCCCUCACUGAUAGCGAUUCAAACGUUCGUGAAGCUGCUGGCCAUGCAUUUGAUGCAUUGCAAGAAUCAUUGGACGAGGCUGCAGAUGACAUUUUGCCGGAUCUAAUUGAACAAAUGCAAAAUGGUGAUGAAAGCGCACUGUCAGCGUUGAAGGAAAUGAUGUCAACGAAGAGUGAUGUUGUUUUCCCUGUACUGAUCCCUACCCUUCUGACACCACCAAUGACACCUUUCAAAGCCAGAUCUCUGGCAUCAGUCGUUGCCGUAUCUGGUGUUGCUCUGUAUAAGCGUUUGACAUCUAUCCUUAAUGCUCUAGUUGAUGCAUUGACUAGGGAUCGUGAUGAAUCUAUUAGCGAAGCUCUUGAUACAGUUGUUUUAUCAGUUGUCCAUGAAGAGGGCGUUCAUCCAUUGAUGCAACACCUUCUUUCUUUGGCUAAAAAUGAACAAAUAAGCAAGAGAGAGAUCACUUUCCGCCACAUGGUUUUGUUCUUCGAACAGUCUACGCUGGAUUAUUCGAUGUAUAUCCAGGAUUGGCUCAGUUUGCUUAUUAAUGCAUUGGAUGAACGUGAUGAGAAUGUUGUGAAGGCUGCAUGGGCGGCCCUAUCUGUUUUGGUCAAGAAAUUGUCAAAAGAAGAUAUGGAAAAACUUGUUAGACCAACGCGCCAAGCUUUGGUAUUAACAGGCUCUCCUGGCAGCGACUUACCAGGCUUCGCUUUACCAAAGGGUCCCAGCUGUAUUUUGCCUAUCUUCAUUCAAGGUCUUAUGUAUGGUACAAGUGAUCAAAGAGAACAAGCUGCGCUGGGUAUUGCUGAUAUUGUUGAGAGAACUAGCCCAGAUAGUUUGAAACCAUUUGUAACUCAAAUCACGGGUCCUCUCAUCAGAACAAUUGGUGAAAGGUUCCCAUCUGAUGUGAAGGCAGCUAUUUUGUACACCUUGAGCUUGUUAUUGACAAAGAUACCGGCUUUCUUAAAGCCUUUCUUGCCUCAAUUGCAAAGAACUUUUGCUAAAUCCUUAUCUGAUCCAACCAGCGAGCUCUUAAGGUCAAGGGCCGCAAAAGCGCUUGGUAUCCUCAUUACACUUCAAGCGAGAAUAGAUCCUCUAGUAAACGAAUUGAUUAGUGGUGCCCGAAUCAGCACUGAUUCUGGCGUGACAGAAGCAAUGUUACAGGCUUUAUAUGAAGUUGUGUCUAGUGUUGGUAAGAACCUUAGUGAUGCUUCUAAAAAUUCGGUUAUUGCAUUUAUUGAGCAAAUUUUACCAUCUGGAAAUGGGAAGCCAAAGGUAUUGUCACUGUUGGCUAAGAUAUUGUCAGCUAUUGUAGGCACCGUAGAUGGCGAGCAGGCAGGUAAGAUCAUUAAACAGGCUCUUCAACACGAAGAUGAAAACUUUAGUAUUUUGAUUUUGAACGGCGUUCUGAAGUAUGGAAGUGAGACCGUAAAAAAUACAGAUCUUAGCGCCAGCAUCUACAAAUACUUUGCGGAACGGGCAUCUUCUGAACACAGCAAUGUAGCUGAGGCAUCUAUAAUCGGUCUUGGAAAAUACCUGCUCUCGAUCUCUAUUCCAGAAAGUGAAGAAACGGAGGAGAUUAUAAAGAAAUUAGCCGAGUCAAUUGAAAAGUCCGAGUCAAGAUCCACCGAUACGAGGAGACUGGCACUAGUUGUUUUGAGAACGAUCGCAAGAGAAAAAUACCAGCUGGUCUCACCAUACAUCGACCUUAUUGCAGUUCCUCUGUUCGGCUGUGUAAGGGAUAUGAUCAUUCCAGUGAAACUGGCUGCUGAGAAAGUCUACCUAACCAUCUUCAAGUUAGUAGAAGACCCUGAGGGAAAAAUUUUCGAAGAGUGGUUCAACAAUGCUAAAAACUCAGGCGUUAUUCCUGCGCCACAGCAGAGAUCUAUUAAUGAUUACACCAGAAGAGUAGCAUUCAGAUUGGCACAAGCUGAACGCGAUAGAAUUGCAGCCGGUGGUGAUGAUGAGACCUUGUUCUCCGACCGCAUUGAAGAUAUGAAUGAGAUUUGGUCCGUUGGAAAUGUAGAAGUUAGUAGUAGAAACUAA